CUUCCUAAUGCUGCCCGUUUCUGCAGGGAGUUUGGGCGGCGGGUGAAAGUGCUCCGCUCACAACAUCCACAGAUUCGCUCACACCUUUGACUCGCGGUCCGAGCAGGAGCCCCGGACACUUUUUUUCGGCCACGCCACGGGGCACAAGCCAGGCAAGCGAGCGGAAAGUGGCGCUGUGCAGCCGCAGCCUCUGGGAAGUCCGUGUUGCGGGAGCCGUGCGGCGCAGCGACGAGGAGAUAUGCAAGCGCGAUACUCGGUCUCCAGCCCCAACUCCCUGGGCGUCGUGCCCUACAUUGGCGGCGAUCAGGGCUACUACCGAGCGGCCGGAGCCGGAUACACGGCCAUGCCGGGCCCCAUGUCUAUGUACUCACAUGCCGCGCACGAGCAGUACCCAGCCAGCAUGGCGCGAGCCUACGGGCAGUACAGCCCGCAGCCGCAGCCCAAGGACAUGGUGAAGCCGCCGUACAGCUACAUCGCGCUCAUCACGAUGGCGAUACAGAACUCGCCCGACAAGAAGGUCACCCUGAACGGGAUUUAUCAGUUCAUCAUGGAGCGAUUCCCCUUCUAUAGAGACAACAAGCAGGGCUGGCAGAACAGCAUCCGACACAACUUGUCCCUCAACGAGUGCUUCGUCAAAGUGCCCCGCGACGACAAAAAGCCCGGCAAGGGCAGCUACUGGACCCUGGAUCCAGACUCCUACAACAUGUUCGAGAACGGCAGCUUUUUAAGAAGAAGGAGACGCUUCAAGAAGAAGGACGUGCUGAAGGAGAAGGAGGAGCGCUCCAUGAAGGAGACGCCGGCGCGGCAGCAGGGUCGCGACCCGGAGCAGGCCAUGCAGAGCUCACAGCCCGUGAGAAUCCAGGACAUUAAGACUGAAAACGGCACCGCAACGCCCCCCCAGGCCGUGUCGCCCAACCUGAACGCCGUGCCCAAGAUCGAGAGCCCGGACAGCAGCAGCAGCAACAGCAGCAGCAGCAGCAUGUCCACUGGAAGCCCCCACAGCAUCCCCUCCAACCGAUCCCUUAGCAUGGACACGCCUGAGCAUCAGCAUCAGCAUCAGAGCCAGGCCCCAGCCCAGGGGUUCAGCGUGGACAACAUUAUGACUUCUCUGCGUGGCUCCCCCCCUCAGGGCGCUGGCGAGCUCAGUUCCAACCUCGUGGCCUCCUCCAGGACAGGUAUCAGCCCGUCUUUGUCUCUUAGCUAUUCUCCCAGUCAGACCUCCAUCUACAGCUCCCCGUGUAACCAAAACGCCGUGUCCACUAGCUCUAACGCGACCUACCACUGUAACAUGCAAGCCAUGAGUUUAUAUCCAGGGGACCGGGCCGGCCCCGGCCACCUGGUUCCUACCAGCUCCGUGGAUGACACGUUACCCGACUACUCUAUCAGCACGAGCACUUCCACUCUGAGCCAUGGCAACGUGAGCUCGGGUCAAGAGGGCCACCACCCUCACCAAGGGCGCCUCACUUCGUGGUACCUCAACCAGGCAGGGGACCUGAGUCACCUGGGUGCCAGCUACCCGGCGCAGCAGCAGAACUUCCACUCGGUGCGAGAGAUGUUCGAGUCCCAAAGAAUUGGCCUGAGCAGCUCCCCGGUGAACGGGAAUAACAGCUGUCAAAUGUCCUUUCCGUCCAGCCAACCCAUCUACCGCACGUCGGGUGCGUUUGUGUACGACUGCAGCAAAUUCUGACCCAAAUGACUCUGUCCUCCUCUUUGUACAAAGAUCAAAGAUAAUUUUACAGAGAUCUUUAGCUGCCUGAAUGGACUAACGUGGUGCGGGAAAGAACACGUACAGCUUUGCUUUAUUACAGUGUUGCUACACAAU